GUUGGGCACGCACGCCAGUGUCUCCCACGCCUCUUCCAAGGCAGAGUCCCCUGGGCUAGUCGGGCCCCAGAUUUUGUUAGGGGAAGCAGCAGGGGCUGGCGGCGAGCCCGAAGGCAGGGCAGAACUGCAAAGUCAGCCCCAGGACGCAGAAGGAAGGAAUGCCACCUCCCCUGAGAAGCUGCCCCUCCCACCCCAUCCCAGCAGGGCCCCCAGCUGUCCCCUCCCAGGGCCAGGUGGCCUUUUGCAUCUGACGCUGUUCUCCGCACAGGGUCAGUCUGGGGUUCUAGCAGCCGGCACCAGCCCUCCCGGCCCCGUCCCCCACCCGCCGCGGGGAAGAUGCCCGAGCAAAGCAACGACUACCGCGUGGUGGUGUUCGGGGCGGGCGGCGUGGGCAAGAGCUCGCUGGUGCUGCGCUUCGUGAAGGGCACGUUCCGCGACACCUACAUCCCCACCAUCGAGGACACCUACCGGCAGGUGAUCAGCUGCGACAAGAGCGUGUGCACGCUGCAGAUCACGGACACGACGGGCAGCCACCAGUUCCCGGCCAUGCAGCGGCUGUCCAUCUCCAAGGGCCACGCCUUCAUCCUGGUGUACUCCAUCACCAGCAAGCAGUCGCUCGAGGAACUGGGGCCCAUCUACCAGCUCAUCGUGCAGAUCAAGGGCAGCGUGGAGGACAUCCCCGUCAUGCUGGUGGGCAACAAGUGCGACGAGACGCAGCGGGAGGUGGACACCCGCGAGGCCCAGGCGGUGGCCCAGCAGUGGAAGUGCGCCUUCAUGGAGACCUCGGCCAAGAUGAACUACAACGUCAAGGAGCUCUUCCAGGAGCUGCUCACGCUGGAGACGCGCCGCAACAUGAGCCUGAGCAUCGACGGCAAGCGCUCCAACAAGCAGAAGAGGACAGACCGCAUCAAGGGCAAAUGCACCCUCAUGUGAGCCCGGGCGCCCCGGCCCGCGCCUCCCGACACCCUCGCCCUCCUCCGCCUCCCCCUCCUCCUUCCCCCUCCUCCAGCCGGGGAAACCGAGGCUCCCUCCUGGCCAGCCUGAGGCAGAGCUGGGCUCUUCCCCCCACCCCCGCCCUCCCAUUCCACCUGUACCCCCAAAACCAAGAGCCGGAGGCAGCCCCCCAUCCUGCGCGAGAGAAAACCGGGGAGCCGGCAGGAGGGGGUGCUUGUCCCCGCCGGGUGCAGAGGGGGCGCAUUUCCUCCAUCUCUGCCUGAGGACCCCCUUCUCUGUCCCCUUUCCUCUGUGUCCCCCGCCAGACCUGUGUCCCCGCCCACCACAUUUGAUCACUGUGACCUUCCAGGGGAGGGGGCAGUGGAGAUGCACUUCGACCUCAGAUUUUUUUUUUCUUUCCUCCCAUUUGGUGUUUAACAUACACCCCACGCCAUCCAUCGUGACCUCUGACCUGUACCCCUUCCCCGGGUCCCCAAACAGCCUCUCUCGCCCUUGUCCCUACACUGGGGUGGGGGUGGGGCCUACGGGAUAGGCCUCAGGCCACCAGGCAAUAACCACAGGCCCUGCAGCAGCCUCCUCGCCAGCCAGCCCCAAAUCUCACCCCUGGGACGGGGCAGAGACCAAGGGAGGCCCAGGACCAGCCGACAGCCACAGCACAACUCUGGGACUGUCCGGCGAGGACGGCCGGGCUGGACAGGUGCAGGCGGGCCUGGCGCUGUGAGCAUGGACGGGCCUCCUGGACGCCCCCCGCCUGGGGGUCCGCCCCUUCCAUGGAGACAGAGACGUUGGCAGUGCCCUGGUUGGGGUUCUUGGGUGCUGGGGAGGGGGUGCUUGGACCUGUGAUGAGAGACACACACCACCCCCUCCAGGGGCAGGACCAGCACCAGCAGUAGCGGGGGUCCAGGCAGAAUCCUGUCCAGCCACUUCCUCCCACCAGCCUGCCGGGAGGGCGGCGUCCCGGAGUGGGGGUGUCUCUGCGGCCAUGAGGUUCUGGGUCACUCCACACUCACGUGACCCCAGGGGCUUUGUCAGCAGACACAGAGAUGACUGUGGAACCACGUGCCCGUGUGGCUCAGGGUGUGUGGACGGGUGGCUUGUAUCUAAAGGUGUGUCUGUGCGUGCGUGUGUCUGCCACGGGGCUGGUGCACCUGUCGCAAGUCUGUGCAGGUAGUGAUCGGGACAGUAUGUCCUUAGAGGUGGGUAGCUGCAGCUUCAUGCGUGUGGUUGUCAUCAGGACUGGGUCUCUGUGACAUGUCCGUGUGGAUCUUUGUACCCGUGUGAGCGUGACUGUAUUUUCAGGAGUGGGUGAUGUGUUUUAUCCGAGAGCAUGUAUCUGUGACCCUGCUGGUUCUGACCGAGGGGCUCUCAGCAAGGGGACUCUGGGCCCUAAGUCUGUCUCAGCCAGCGGUUGCUGCGUAACCAGUUACCACAACGCGGCAACGUCACGCAAGGCGCACUCACUACCUUGCAGUUUCUGUGGGCAGGUUAGCUGGGUCCUCCCGGGGUCUCCGGAGGCUGCGAUCAGAGCGUUGGCUGCGACAGGGUCUCAUCGGAAGGCUGGAUGGGGGCAGGAUAUGCUUCUGGCACUCACGAGGUUGUCCCAGCAUUCAGGUCCUCACGGUGCAGGACUGUCUGCCCCUGUUCCUCGCUGGCUGUCAGCUGGAAGCUGCCACGUGGCACCUCCAUGGCGUGGCUUGGGAUGGGGCGGUUAGGCCACCCAGGAAGAGAGAACAUCCCAGCGUCCCGCCAGAGAGGUCGCACGGUGCGGCUCUGGGGUCACGUGGCCAGGUGGGACGCUGUAGGUAGGAAGGGUUACUCGUGUCUGACCUGCUGUCGGCAUGUUUAUUUUGCUCUGUGUUCACGUGACUGUUCAUUCAACACACGUUUGCUGGGCACACUCUGGGGAGAGUGCGUGUGAGUCGCCGCCCAGCACGCGGACGGGGCCCCAGGAGGGCCGCACGUGGAGUCUGAGCACAGCUGAGCCCCCUGAACCUCUGGCUGGCCCGGGCCCCCUCCCCUGCCCUGGGAGUGGCUUCUGGACUUGGAAGGUGCCGAGAGGGUGAGGCUGGACAGGGCCCUUUCUCAGGGACACACCCUGAUAGCACAAUCCCCCUGGGGCCCCGCCGGCCUCAGGCCUCUCCCUCCCUGGGCCCUGCCCCGACCCCGGGGAGAGAGAAGGGUUCUCUCUGGACGCUGGCCGGCCACGCUUGCUGUCACCCCGCCCCUCCCCCCUCCGCAUGUGGGCGCCCCACCCCCCAGCGUGGGGUCUGUGUAGCAUUCGCUGUAGAUGUAGUCUUCCCGCAAUAAAGUGGAUCCUGCAGUCCCCGCC